AUGGACGGGGCGCGGCGGCGGCGCGGCGGGGAGAAGGGUCGGGAUGGUCUCCGGGAGCGGCGAGGCUUGUUCGAGGCUGAGAGGCAGCAGCAGAACCACGAAGUGCAGCCUCAGUCCGGGGCAAACGGUCUGCCAAAACACUCCUACUGGCUGGAUCUCUUCUUCUUCAUCGUUAUGGACUUGGUGUUGUUUAUCUUUGUGUAUCUGUUGCCAUGAUUGGUUUGCUGUUAUCUAAAUGAAGAUGUUGACUCCUGGAGUGAAUUCUGAAAAUGACUGCAAACUUCUUGAAUAAGGAAGACAGGAUUGUGCAGAAGAAUUUCAAAACUCUAUGGGACUUUCAUUUUAUACUUUCUUUUUUCAUUUUACUUUCUUUAUUUCUCAUUUGGAGAACUCCAUUAAGCGGGUAGGAUCUCACCCAUUCAUUCCCAAGUUCUGAAAACUAGACGCUUGGGUUCAUGUUUAAAAACUUUUUCAAACAUCUCAUGGCUUUUCAGGGACUGAAUAUAAUAUGAAUAUUAUAUUCAGGGACUGAAUAUAAUAAAGCAUUUGUACUUAAAGGUUUAGUGUAUUCAUUAAAAUGUUAAAGGAAAGACAUAUUUUUUAAGAGUUGAUCAGAUUUAAUAUGCUGCAAAUAAUGAGGUGAGGCAUUUAUAAAUUCAAAAGUAAAUUACUCAAAAGCGAGGGAAGGAUUUUGAGAGACGGAACAAAGUGUUCUUAGAUUGCGUAGCUGUCAUUCAUGUCCUUUUACCUGCAUGUCUGCUCCUUUCUCCUUUAAAACGUCUCAGCCCCUUAAAAUGUCUGUAAUUUACUUAAAUACUUCAGUAAAGUCAAUGUGAUACUUAUUCAACAGA